AUGACAUCCAGCUUGAGAUAUCUUCAGAAGAGUUUGCAGGCCUCACUGGGGCGUAGUCAAGCAGUUCAGGAACUCGCAUGGAUGCGAAAAGAACUGCGAGCAUUUCCUGAUAGUCAUGAUACAGAGUCGGCUGAUAGCCGACUUGCAACUUGGAUAAAACGACGGAUUGCAGGCGAGCCAUUACAAUACAUACUCGGCAACCAGCCAUUUGGUCCGCUGGAGAUCAUCACACGAUCACCUGUGCUCAUUCCCCGACCGGAAACUGAAGAAUGGGUAAUGCAGCUCUCACAGCGCUUCGACCCCUCAGCGCGAGAGGGACCUGUUUCAGUCCUUGAUUUGUGCACCGGUACCGGCUGCAUCCCCCUCAUGCUGUCCCAUAUAUGGUCACCGGGGAAGGUCCGAGCGCUGGGGGUGGACAUCUCAGCUGACGCGAUCGACCUUGCGAAGGAGAACCUGAUGAAGCGCGGAGCGCACGAGGCGGAGUUUCUGCGUGGAGACAUGUUUGAUCAUCGUUUCUGCGCUUCGAUAUCGGAGAAAGGAAGGUACGACAUUAUCACGUGCAACCCGCCGUAUAUCCCGCUGGACGAGUACGCAAGGCUGUCCCGAUCCGUGAAGGACUGGGAGGAUCCCCGUGCACUGGUCGGAGAGUAUCCGGUGCCCGAGGACGUAUCAAGAAACGAAACGAUCGGAUCAAGCGGACUGCGAUUCUAUGCUCGGCUCGCCGAGCUUAUACCAGACCUCCUCGUUCAGAAAGAGGGUAUGGCCGUGUUCGAAUUCGGUCAUGGUCAAGGCUCGAAAGUCAUGGAUAUUCUCAAACACCUGUUCCGCCAGACCGAGUUAUGGAAGGACCACUCCGAGAAGGAACGGGCAUUCGCUGGGUGGACUUGA